CAUAAGUAUUUGCAACUCAAGUUUUGAGGAAGCUCUUAAAAACAUUAAACCAAGGAAAUAUGUAUCCAAAAAGCACAAUAAUUUACUCCUAAGAAAAGCUCUGAGAGACAUACCACUGGCUAUAUCAAAAAGGAAAAGAUGUCGCAAAUACUGCCUCAAAACUAUCAGUGAAAAAAUAAUGGAGAGUAUGCGAUACAAAUUCUGGACAAAGCAGUUUGAACAACGAGUAGAAUGGUUCAUUGAUAAGAUCUCAGAGAGCAAAAAGAAUCAACACUCCAUUUGUUUCCAAAUUGAAAGUGGAAAAACUGUUUGUGGUUCUUGUUUUCAAUUUCUUUUGAGAAUGAACCGCAAUUUUUACUACACAUGUCUUAAAAUGGCAAAUGAUGGAAAAACUGCUGCUGGGUAUCGAAAUACAAGAGGUUGUGGAGUGGCAAAAGAGGGUGCUAUAGUUUGGCUGAAGAACUACGAAUUCUUCCAUGCUGACAGAAUGCCAAACAAUGGUGACAUGAUGCUUCCAUUCAAAACUAAAAAAAGAGAUAUUUACAACAUGUAUGUCAAUGAAAAAAUUGAAUGCUUGGAAAGAUCUAUAUUCGAUGCACUCACAGUCAGUCAGUCUGCAUUUUAUGACAUUUGGAAAAAUGACUUUCCCCAUUUAAAGAUAAAACAGACCAACUCAUUUUCCAAGUGUUCCACCUGUGUACACAUCGAAAGGGAGCUGGAAAAAACACGUGAUCUUUCUAAGAGAACAAAAUUGAAACAAAUGAUGCGUGUCCAUAAUCAGAGGCAAAUGACCGAAAGAAGAUAUUACUACAGAAAAAGAGAUAUUGCAAAAAAUUAUCCCCAGAAGCACAUGAGCAUCAUUAUCGAUGGCAUGGAUCAAAGUAAGACGAAUUUGCCACAUUUCACUGGAAGACUUAUGAAGGGAAUAGACCCAAACAGCUUUCUGAAAACCCAUGUACAAGGAGUACUAAACCACGGGAUGGGAACAUUUGAUGUUUAUGUUGACAUCAAUGAAUACUGUCAUGACUCGAACUUGGUGAUGAAUGUUAUUUUAAAGACAAUUCACAAUGCCAUUUCAAAGGAUGGAUACCUGCCACAGAGGCUGUACAUCCAAGCCGAUAAUUGUGCAAGAGAAAAUAAAAACAGAUUUGUGCUAGGGUUUUGUGAAUUAUUGGUUAGACUAUCAAUAUUUCAUGAGGUGCAUUUGUCCUUCCUCCAUGUUGGACACACCCAUGAAGAUAUUGAUGCGGCAUUUUCACAGUUAGCCAUGCGACUAAGAAGAUCUGAAGCCGAGACUAUGCCAAAACUGUUAAAUAUCUUAAAUGGAGCCAAACAAUUAAGAGGCCUUUUUGACAUAAAAUCAUGGCUGCAACCACAUUUACGUGAAAUCAAGCAUCAUUCUAAACCACUUCAUUUUAAAUUCAGUAGAAAUGAGGCCCAAAAAAUCACAAUGCAGUACAGGACCAACAGCAAUAGGACAUGGAAAACAACUGAAGAAGAAGGAAUAUUGAAUGGCAUUCCACUCGGUGAACCUCGUAUUCUUCUGCCAAGCAAUUUCCACAAGAUAGACCUACCAAACAUCAGAAACAACAUUCAGAAACACCAGUACAACAUGUCAGAUGAAGGGCAGUUUAGAUGGUGGAUAUCCUACUUAGAAUAUCUACAGGUAGUCAAAGAUGAUGAGCGUUCACUAAAUGACUAUGCUCUUGAAGGAGCCAUUUGGCUGUUGCCACAGCUAGAAGGCAAACAAAGAAAAUCUGAAGAGGUUUUAGUAGAGAUCAACAGCCAUCUACUUGAAAUGCUAGACAAGGAAUUAGAUGAUUAUAAGGUUAUCAUGUCAAAGGGGAAGAAAGAGGACAAGAAAAAGAAGAUUGGGAGGAAAGGAAGAUCUGACAGAAAAGAUAAAGACAGUUCUUGAAUAUCAU